UAGAAGAAGAAAUUGCGGAAGUGGGGCUUCCAAACAGAUUGGCUUUUGGAAGAGUAAAACAAAGCAGAUCGAUUUCUGGUCAAAAAAAAGCGAGAUCGAACUUGGAAUAACAAUUAUUAAUUAAAACAAUGGGCACCAGAGACGACGAAUAUGAUUAUUUGUUCAAAGUGGUCCUCAUUGGCGACUCGGGCGUCGGGAAAAGUAACCUGCUAUCACGCUUCACUCGCAAUGAGUUCAACUUGGAGAGCAAGAGCACCAUCGGCGUUGAAUUUGCCACACGGAGCAUUCAGGUGGAUGGAAAAACGGUGAAGGCCCAGAUCUGGGAUACGGCCGGCCAGGAACGCUACCGUGCGAUCACUUCCGCGUACUACCGCGGCGCCGUGGGCGCUCUCCUGGUUUACGACAUAGCCAAGCAUCUAACCUACGAGAACGUGGAGCGCUGGCUCAAGGAGCUGAGAGAUCACGCCGACAGCAACAUCGUCAUCAUGCUGGUUGGCAACAAGAGCGACCUGCGUCACCUCCGAGCCGUCCCCACCGACGAGGCCCGGGCUUUUGCUGAGAAAAACGGUUUAUCUUUUCUGGAGACUUCGGCUCUGGACUCUACCAAUGUUGAAACCGCCUUUCAGACCAUUCUCACAGAAAUCUACCGCAUCGUGUCCCAGAAGCAGAUGUCGGAACGCCAGGAGAGCGACAUGUCUCCCAGCAACAACGUGGUCAACAUCCAAGUGCAGCCCACCGAGAACAAACCAAAGAUGCAGUGCUGCCAGAACAUCUAGCUCGAUCCCCGCCCCGCUACCGACCCCCCCAACCCCUCCCUGCCACCCUCGACGGUCCCUUCAGGGCUCCGGGGCUGCGACCUGAACUCCGCCCCUACUUUUAACGCCCCCCCCCCCUUUUUCCCCCCAGGUAAAUAUGUCCCAGUGUAAAACAUCUCCAGAAGGCAGCAGGCGUUUCAUAUCACUUUAGAUUUCAUUCCAGUUGAUGCGCUGACAUGUCACAAAUAUGUCUUAAUAUAUGAAUGUCAUUUUCCUUUUCAUAUUUUUCUGUGUUGAUUCUUCCACGUUUUCAUUUUUUUUAAUGAUAUUUCUCCGUAUUGUAUGAAAUAUCCACUACUAGCUAUACUAUGACUAUAUAAAGCACACGCUAGUGUAUUCCUAUAGACGAGCCCCCGCCCCCUCCCGAGUGCAACGUACUCUUUUCAGGACGCCACGCGCCGGGAGCGUCAUGACCUUUGAUCGCAUUGCUGUUGAACACGCGACACGAGUGAAAUGUAGAGCCGAUCGUGUGCCGCCACCCCCCCCCCCCCCCACCACCACCGCCACCAUCAUGUCUUUACCAUCGUUUGCAUGGUUUAACUAUCCAAAGAUGGCUGCACGUUUUAUGCGGUAAAGAGGUCCAUUCGGGCUAGGUGUAACCGUGAAAGUUCGCAUUUGUUGAGGAACGCCGCUUAUAUCCCGUCGACUUAUAUUUCACGACAACUAUGCAGGAACUAGCUGAUUUGUUAUUAUUAUUAUUAUUAUUAUUAUUUUUCCACUAUGUAAUGCUUGUAAAUGUCAAGUAUUGCUUUGCAUGUGACCACAAAGCUAUAGAAAUAACACAGUAAGCAUACAAAGGCUACGACUCGGAUUGGUUAAUUUUUUUUCUUCUGAUUAAUCAAGAUUAAAAAAAACAAAACAAACAAUGUCGGCGUUGUUUUGAGAGUAAUAGAUUCCUCCCCGCAAGAUCUGCGCUUAUUUCUGCUCCCAGUGCCUCCUUCAUCACUCACCUAUUGCCCCCCCCCCCCAUUCACCCCCCCCACUCCGUCACAUAAAGCCUACUUUACACCAAGCGGCCUCUGACUUCCAACACAAUGCAUGGCUCCGCUUUACCGCCUUACGUUGCUAACAUUGCUGUCCAUGAAAUCUGCCGAGGGCUGCGACGAGCUACAUCGGGGGUCUGGUCAUUCAGUUUCUGGUGUUAGCAGACACAUGCACACAUGAGCCGGAAACCGGUUUGUGUGUGUGUGUGUUUAUGUGUGUGUGUGUGUGUGUAGUGGCAAAGCAUAGCUUGGUUGUUCUGGAGCGCGUGAGCCUGGCUGGCGGCGCCAAUGGCGUUUUCUCGAAACAGACGGCGCCGCCAACCAAGCUUCUCCAGACAAAACGAUUCCUUCCUUCAAAAGAUGACUCCGGAUCAUACUCCUUUUUUUUUUUUUUGUUUGGUCUUAUUUUUAUUUUAUUUUUUUUAUGUGUGUGUUAUUUUGUCAUAUUUUCCAAUUUUAAAAACUGACUGUAAUUCCAGUUGUAAAAGUGAAAUGAUGUCAUUUCAACGAUUCUUGAAGGGGACUCAAUGAAUGGUUUUGUUUUGUACAGAUUGAGAAAUUGUACAAUUGUGUCUAUAUCUUAAGUUAUCAGUUCAUCUUAAUAAAGCGCACCGGUCAUGAACCUUUACAUGAUUUCGUAUCGUCACUUCCAGCAGCACCGCAAUCGAUUCCGGAUCCAUAAUUUCCAUCAAGUAGGAUUCCUUAUUUUUAAAUGGGCUAUUUUUUAUAGUUACAGAAAAAAAAAAACUUGUUUACGACCCUAAUGCAGUUUUUAACAUUAUUAGAGCCCUCCAGAUAUGAAAUAACAACCCUAUAGUCACAUUUACGCUCAUAUUACCCAAUAUAGUAGAUACGAUAAGAGAAGAUAAGAUAUCCUAGCUAUAAAUGAUAAACUAGUGUGGCGCUGUAAAUGUGUUCCGGUGCUUGGGGAGG